AAAACAGAUCUAUACGUGUUUUUUCCGCAGUUGGUUUUUUCAUUAUAGAAGUUGACGCUGCCAUAGGCUUCAAAUUCAUUAAUGUUGGGGUGACUUCUCGGUCACGGUUAAAUUAUACUUCCCAUCGCUACCAUUUAAUAGCAGAACAGAGAUGUAUUUUUCUGGCAACAAUUAGAUUGACAGCCUAUCAAAACAAAUUAGUUUAUUUACUCGGAGUGAUAGAUUUCAUUAAGAAACAUUUAAAUAUGAUACAAUAAAGUUAACAAUGAAGUGUGACACGCAUACAACCGUUCAUAUGUACCAAGGAUAAGGAAGGCAACAUGCACAUGAAUUAUUUCCUCCACGAGACAUGAUGCAUCAUUAGUACACAACAGACGAUUAAACAGACAGCUAUAUAGGAAAUGGCCAAGAAUUUCACAAACGAUUCUUUCAAUUUCAGUCAUUUGCAUGAUGAGUUAGGCCGUUUGGUGGAAGUUUAUAUUGUAACUAUCUUGCUCUCUGUUGUUAUAUUUAUUACAUUAACGGGGAACACAUUUGUAAUUGCUGCAAUUUUUAUCUACAGACCAUUGCGAAAUGUUCAGAAUUUCCUAGUGAUUUCAUUGGCUUUUGCGGACAUGGCAGUUGCCACGAUAGUGAUGCCGUUUCACAUAACAAAUACCAUUGCUGGGACCUGGUCAUAUGGCUCAGCGUUCUGUGAUUUGUGGCUUACAUCGGAUAUUUUACUUUGUACAGCAUCUAUUUUCAAUAUUUGUGGUAUUGCUUUGGAUCGUUAUUUUGCUAUUCAUGAUCCUAUCAACUAUGCCCGAAGGCGGACUGUAAAACUCGUGUUGUUAAUGAUUGUCCUUAUUUGGUCACUUGCAGCAAUUGUAUCAGUGCCACCAUUACUUGGUUGGAGCGACACCGGAAGUCUAUACGACAGCGACGCCAACAUAUGUCAUCUAACUGAAGAACUAGGUUUUGUUGUUUACUCAGCAUGUGGUUCAUUUUUUAUACCUCUGGCGAUUAUGUCAUUUGUUUAUUUAAAAAUAUUCUUGGCAACCAGAGAAAGACUACGGAAGCGGGCUCAAGCAUGUGCAGCUUCAAAAUUAGUAGUAUUAAAUGGAAAAUCAAAUACUCCUGAGGUACAAAUAGAUUUGGUGUCAAAUGAAAGUAACAACGAUACUGCUGAAACGAGAACACCGAGUAUGCAUCCUUCACCUUUACUGGGAAGACCCCCUACUGCGAAUAGCUCAUCUCAAAAACUGGAACAAUUUUUCAAGGAAAGACAGAAAAUAUCACUCACAAAAGAAAAGAAAGCAGCAAGAACACUGGGAAUGAUAAUGGGUGCGUUCAUAUUUUGUUGGCUGCCAUUUUUUUCUGUAUAUCUAUUGAACCCAUUCUGUAAAGAUUGUGGCUUAAGAGGAUCGUACCUGGAAUUAGCUUUAGUUAUUCUUGGGUAUGUUAACUCCUGUUUGAAUCCAAUUAUUUACACGAUCUUCAAUGUGGAUUUUAGAAAUGCUUUUCAGUAUAUGUUUCGCAAGUUUUGUCGUAGACAGCCUAAUCUACGUCAAUCAAGAACACCACGUCGCGCACAGUUGUGAUGUUUUGUUGAUAUCAUUAACAUUCUACUCUUUAAUAUCACAACAUUGAACUGUACACUUGUUUUGCUUUAACAAUAUAAUGAUGCCUUACUGGAAAAAGUGUUGUAGGUGGGAGACUUGUUAUAAAAUAAUCCUUAACUAUAAACCAACUUGAAGGUGAUUAUGAUGAUAUUUAUUCUUUUUCUAAAAGCUUUUGAGUUUUUAAGAACAUGAUAUAUUAAUUUAAGCUUAUCAAAUUUCCAUUUACAAUAGUAAUAGUCGCACUAAUUACAAUGUAUAAGGUUUUUGUUUAUAUCUAGUACAAGUUUCUAUUAGUGUUAGGAAUAAGCUUGUCGAAUUUCAAGUCAUAAUAGUCGCACUGAUUAUAAUAUAUAAGAAAUUCAAUGUUAUUUAUCUCUAGUACACGUUUCUACUAGCGUCAGUAUUCAAUUUGUGUAAAUUAAUAAGUCACAUCAAACCAUUCAUUUGUAAACAUAGUUUGUUCAUUGAAUCCAUUUGAUCUUCCAAAAGAAUCGUAUUAACA